UCAUAAAUAUGAUCAUAACUACUAGCUAUUAAAUGGCUAUAUUCAUUUCCUGAUGCUUUGCAAACGCGCAGUUUGCCUUCACAAAAAAUCCGAGUGUGCUGCUGCACCCUGAAGGCACCAUAGACCUCUCCUGUUGCUCAGAGAGGAGGCAAGCCGGUGAUUUUCCACUGCUGCUGCUUCUCUGGUCCCCCAGUUUUAAGAGACAAAGGUCAGGAAGAGAAGCUUAUAAAUAGGCUUAAAUAUAGGCUCCCGACGCGUUCAGUCCUCAGUCGCUCUAACGGACUCAAGAGGUCACGGACAAGACGAAACGGACAAGGGACGGCGCUCAAAGGACAUUAAAAGGACAAAAUAACAGAGGAAAGCACAUCAACAUUGCAGAAUGGCUCAAAAAGAGAAACUUCAGUGUCUGAAAGACUUCCAUAAGGACACUCUGAAACCAUCUCCCGGUAAGAGUCCUGGCACCCGGCCUGAAGAUGAAGCAGAGGGCAAGCACCCCCAGCGAGAGAAGUGGGCCAGCAAGCUGGACUUUGUUCUGUCUGUUGCUGGGGGUUUUGUUGGUUUAGGGAACGUCUGGCGUUUCCCAUACCUCUGCUAUAAAAAUGGUGGAGGUGCAUUUCUCAUCCCCUACUUCAUUUUCCUGUUUGGUGGAGGUCUGCCAGUCUUCUUCCUGGAGGUCGCCCUGGGUCAGUUCACCUCUGAGGGUGGCAUUACCUGCUGGGAGAAGCUCUGUCCCAUCUUUACUGGCAUUGGUUAUGCUUCCAUUGUGAUUGUGUCCCUGCUGAAUAUCUACUACAUUGUCAUCCUGGCCUGGGGCCUCUACUACCUGUUCCAGUGUUUUCAGCCUGAGCUGCCCUGGGCCAAGUGCAAUCAGCCCUGGAACACUGAUCAUUGCAUUGAGGACACCUACCGCAAGAACAAAACCCUCUGGGUGGCUGCCAACGCCUCCAACUUCACCUCCCCCGUCACCGAGUUCUGGGAGCAUAAUGUACUCGGUAUCUCCAGUGGUAUAGACGAGAUCGGCCCGAUUAAAUGGGACCUGGCCCUGUGUUUACUGCUUGUGUGGGUCAUCUGCUUCUUCUGCAUCUGGAAGGGCGUAAAAUCCACUGGAAAGGUGGUCUAUAUCACAGCCACGUUCCCUUUCGUCAUGCUCAUUGUGCUUUUGAUCCGUGGUGUGACGCUGCCAGGUGCUACUGCAGGCAUCAAAUUCUACCUGUAUCCUGACCUCACUCGCCUGAAGGACCCAGAGGUGUGGAUUGAUGCUGGCACCCAGAUUUUCUUCUCCUAUGCCAUCUGUUUGGGUGCCAUGACGUCCUUGGGGAGCUACAACAAGUACAAAUACAACUGCUACAGGGACUGUUUGCUGCUGGGAGCCCUCAACAGUGGUACCAGUUUUGUGUCUGGCUUCGCAAUAUUUUCCGUCCUGGGCUUCAUGGCACAAGAGCAAGGGGUGGACAUUGCUGAUGUGGCAGAGUCAGGUCCAGGCCUGGCUUUCAUUGCCUACCCUAAAGCUGUAACCAUGAUGCCUUUUCCUACACUCUGGGCAAUCCUCUUCUUCAUUAUGCUGCUGCUGCUUGGCCUCGACAGUCAGUUUGUGGAGGUGGAAGGGCAGAUCACAUCACUGGUGGAUCUGUAUCCGUCCUUCCUAAGGAAGGGUUACCGCAGAGAGGUCUUCAUCGCUAUUAUCUGCUGCAUCAGCUACGUGCUUGGACUCACCAUGGUUACCAAGGGUGGCAUGUAUGUUUUCCAGAUGUUUGACUACUAUGCAGCAAGCGGUGUGUGCCUUCUGUGGGUGGCAUUCUUUGAAUGUAUAGCUGUUGCCUGGGUUUAUGGCGUUGAUAAUUUCUAUGAUGCGAUUGAGGACAUGAUUGGCUACAGACCAAAUCCUUGGAUGAAAUGGAGCUGGACUGUGGUCACUCCUUUACUGUGCAUGGGUUGCUUUAUCUUCUCUUUGGUCAAAUACAAGCCAUUGACGUACAACAAGAUGUACCAGUAUCCUGACUGGGCCAUUGGAGUAGGGUGGACUUUGGCCUUGGCUUCUAUGAUCUGCAUCCCCAUGGUGGUUGUCAUCAAGAUCAUUCGAUCUGAUGGGCCGCUCAUUGAGAGGAUUAAGGCAGUGGCAGCCCCGGUUCGUGGUGGAGCCAGCUCCCGUCCUGCAGACCACCGUGGGCCUAAGGAGCUCUCCUGUCCCCUGGACCCCAAUGGGAACAAGGGCCUACUGAUGAAGGCCCCCACUCACACCAUCGUAGAAACCAUGAUGUAAAGGAAUGAGGCGGAGGCUCUCCAUGAGAUCGCUCUCCUCCCCUCUCCUGUCCUCUAAAAUGCUUUUAAAGCUAGCUAGCUUUCUGUCUAUCUGUCUGUCUUUGUCUGUCUGGUGGACUGAUAAGGGUUUUAAAGAAAAAGUUCAAAUCUUUUAGGAAAGUUUUGAAAGUAGUUUGCUGUUGGUGGUCUUCAUAAGAGGGUAACAGUCACAUUUCAAAUCUAUUUCUGAAUGACUUAAAAACUGUUUUGUUUUUUAUUUUUCCGUAUAAAUAGUUUUCAUGUGACUACACGUCCCACUGUGUUCUUGCUUUAAAGGCAAGGUGGCAAAUUAGAAACAGCCAGCGGCCAUGUUUCACUGGCUACUUUUGCACAUAACCAGCCAUUAUUCUAGAAGAAAGUGGUUAUUGAGUCUUGGAAUCAAAUCAUCUUUUGUAGCCACUAUAUACAGAGAAUUCCUACAAUAGGCACUGAUCACCAAAAAUUGUUUUUGUUUUUUUUGAGCUGCUUUGAUGGAUAUUUUAUUAUUAUUAUAAUAGUAAUAAUAAUAAUUAUUUGCCAGUUAUACUAUGAUCAUCGUAUAGUUCUCUGAGGGCAUGUGCCACAGGAUUACGCUUUGGCAUAUUCUGUUCCAUUAUGUUCGGCAGAGGCCUUGUUGAUAUCAGAGUUAUUAGCUUUUUUGCCGAAAUAUCAAAAACGCAACUCUGCAGACACCAGCGUUAAAUGGCUUAUCACUGCCGGCUCUUUUCCCCUUGUAAUCAUAGAUUUUAAAAUAUCAGCAACAAUGAGCUUACCACAUAUUUGGGUUAGUGUUACAAAAUAUGAAUAAAAACAAAUAAAAUCAAUUUCAGCAUAAACCAAAACCAAAUCAAAUUAUAAUCAGUGACAUUCUUUUAAGUUAAUAUCUAAUCAUAAUGAUGAAAACAGAAUCCUCUGAAUUCACCUUGUGCCCAAAUAUUCUAAUCUUUCACAGUCAAACAAUGGGCCAAAGAGAAAACUAGCACUGAAACUGAAUUGGGGAACUUUUUUUUUUUUUUUUUUUUUUUUCCUGCACAAAGAGAGAUAUCUGAAAGGAUUUGAAGUGUGGAGGUUCAACCCUUGACUGUGUUGUUUGUGACGUACUGUACAGUAGUGGCUAAUCAGUCUAUCAGUAUCUAUCUCUUUAUCUAUCUUUCUCUGUUCUAGACCAGUUUACAGUACAUUAGUGACUGCACUAGGCACUCUUGGCUUAAAAGUUUGGAUUGAAUUUGUUUUAUUUACUACAAAGGAAGACACAUUAUUAUUUUUAUUAUUAUUAUUAUUAUUAUUAUUAUUAUUAGUUCUUUUUUCCUCUGUCAGUGUUUAGAUUUUUUUUAAAUUAAUGUUAUUGAUAUUUACUAUUGAAUUGCUGUAGUUUUAUAUAGAAGGAGGAACACUUUCAUCUGGUGAAAAUACUAAGCUAUUAUUACAAACCAUACAUCUAUAUUGGCAGCCAUUGUAGUAAAGUCUUUAAAUUUCUUGAGCUUUGGUCCUAGCAACAGUUGUCUUAGGCAUCAUAGAAAUAAACAAUGCAACUGUUUCCCCAAAUAUUAUCUCUUACAGAGGGGUGUGGGCCAAUUUUUAUACAUACAAAAAGAAUUGGACACCUGCAAUGGCUCCAGUCAUAAGUUUGUAAUUCUUGGGUUUUUAACUUUUCCUCUUCUGGAAAUACCAGGACACAGUAUUUAUUUCAAAGAAAUCUAGCUAGGCAGGACACUACAACCAGUGGUUAAACAAAAUUUCAGUAACUCAAAUGACUCACAUUAACCAAUGGUUGGAAGAGACUCCCAGUAGAUAAACCAGUGUCUGACUGUCAGUUCAUUUCAGACACUGAAAUUUGGCAGAUGGCUGAGUUUGGUCUUUUCUGGGGUCUCCAUGUUGCUUGCUCUCACUUCAACUGAGACCUGAAAAGCUUCACUUUUAACAGCAACUGUUCAAACCUGUCUUUUCCCCAUAAAUGAAUACAGAUAAUAUAAAUAUAGUUUUGGAUUAAUUAUGUCACACGUGUUGCAGUAGAAUGCCCUUGGCACUUUUUUUUGUUCAAUUUUCAUGCACACCAGUGAAACUAGUGAUACUCAGACCCCAUUAACCCUGUGAUGGAUUAACUCUGUCUUGAACUCUGUUUGAUUUUAGCAAUCAUGCAUGAAAAACUACAUUCAUCUUGUUAACAUAGGGGCCAUACUUUUGAUUAUGUGAAUAGCUGGCAACCAAGAGCAGACUACGUGAGAGGUAUAACAUUUACAACAGUUAUGUUCAUUUUAUUAUAUCUGUGUAACAAAGGGUUUCUCAUGUGUAUGCGUCACCAGCGACCAUCCACUCAGGAUCUUCUUUGUAAUGCUUUUGUCUACUGUACAGCUGCAUUAACCCAGCAUCCAAAAAAAGACACUUAACUCUGGGUGACAGAGCUACAUUGGUAGCAAUUGAAACUAAUGUUUUCAUCCAGCUUGGUAAGCCAUUAGAUCCUUCUUUGCUACAGAGAGAUGAAAAUCACACCAUAACUGCCUAUUUUAACCGCAGUCAAAUAUGAAAAACAGUUACUUGACAUAAGGCUAUAUUGCACUUUUUUCAUUUUAAUCCUUUUGAUUUCAUAUCAAACAAUGAGGCCAAAAAAUAUGUAUUGCCUUCUUUUUAUUCUGGGCUCUCAGGGGCCUCUCCAGUAAAAUUGGUACAUUUUCAAAACACUCUAGUCUCACUUUGGUUCUGAAAUAAGCAAAAAAAAAAAAAAAAAAAUUGAAAUUA